AUGGGACGUCGUAAAAUUAUACGAACAGCAGAAGAAGAAGCAAACAUUAAACGAUUACGAUGUGAAAAAGAAAAAGAACGUCAUCGUAAUAAACGUAUUAUCAAAAAAACCAAUUCAUCUAAUCAAUCCUCUCAUAUUAUAUCACCUUUACAUAAUUUAAGCAAACAUUAUUCUGUUAUAAAUAAUAAUUCAGAACAUGUUACUACAACAUCUCCUAAUAAUACUACUUCAUAUCAUAUUAAUAAUACUACUUCCUUGGAUUCUGCUUCAUAUGAUGUUGUCAACAAUAUUAUAAAUGUUCCUUCAACGUCAAGUAAUGCAUCGUUGUUUAGGUACCCAAAAAAUGAUAAUCCGGUUUUUAAUCAUAUGCAUCACGUUCCUUCACAAUUAGAGUCAUGUAUAACUGAAACAAUCUCUACAUCUAACGUACACUUUAAUUUAAGUUCUGAUCAUGAUUAUUGUUCAACAAUACAUGAAAGUUCUUCAACGUCAAUUUCUACAUCAUUUUUAGUAUCAGCAGAAUCAGAACAACGUCAUUCGGAGAAUAAUCAUGACUCUCCACCUUGUAAUGAAUCAACAAAAUUUCGAUACUUUCAAUUUGAUCAUAAUUACAGUCAACCUGGCGAAGAAUUUCAUGAGGAAACUUUUACUAAUGAUAACAAUUUAAAUCAAAAUCAGCCGUUAGACCAAAGAAAUGAAAAUAACUUACUAACAACAAAUAACAGUAAUGAAAUUCAAGAAAAUUAUAUUGGAAAUAUGUCGGUUAAAUGUUGCCAUUAUUCUUCUGAAGCAGCAGAAUAUAGGUCGGAAAGAAAUGUAGAUUGCAACGUAGAUCUUUUAAAAGAAAUUGAUUUGACUUUACGUGAACAUAACGUUUUCGCAAAGUCAUAUCAAAUGAUGAAAGAUGUGUUAAAAGAAAAUUCUAUAAUUGAUUUGGAAGGAAAUACAGUUGAACCUGAAUUAAAUUUACUUUUUACAUUAAAACCUGGAAUGGAUGCAAGGAGAUAUAAUUUUCAAAGAGUAAAUGAAGUUGCUGCAGUUUUUUUAACGACUGCAGAUGGUGAAAUUCCAGAAUCAUAUGUUACAAUUCAAAAUAAAACAACUAAGUCGUUACAAUUUUUAAGUACUAUGGAUCCUAAUACUGACCCCUGGGUUUAUCCUCUUUUUUAUCCGUAUGGUGAACAAGGUUGGCAUGCUUCUAUAUCGUAUAAAAAUAAAACUAAUAGAAGAGUAACUCGCGCUGAUUAUUAUAAAUAUAAGUUAGCAAUCAGAGAUAACUUUAAUGUUUUUUUAAUGGGACGUCGUUUGUCACAACAGUGGAUAGUUGAUAGUUACGUUAAAAUUGAAAGAGAUAGAUUAAAUUAUUGUAAAUUUAAUCAGAAGAAACUUCGAGCUGAAUCAUACCAAGGUUUAAUAGAUCAUUUACAAUUGCGAAAUUCGAAUAAUAAUACAAGCUCGAAUAUAGGAAAAAUUAUUGUCUUACCAUCAAGUUUUACAGGUUCUCUACGAAAUAUGAUGCAACAUUAUCAAGAUGCAAUGUCUAUCGUUCGUACAUUUGGAAAACCUGACUUAUUUGUUACAAUGACAUGUAAUCCAAAAUGGCGUGAAAUUACAGAAAACUUAUUACCAGGACAAAGUGCUUCUGAUAGACCUGAUUUAGUUGCACGUGUAUUUAACAUUAAAAAAGAUGCUUUAAUUAAUAUGAUAGUAAAACAGUCUAUUCUCGGUACAGUCAUUGCAUACAAUUGGGUAAUAGAGUUUCAAAAACGCGGCUUACCUCAUCUACAUAUGUUAAUAAUAUUAAUGAACGGUAGUAAAAUAAAGACAUGUGAACAAGUUGAUAAAUUAAUUUCUGCAGAAAUUCCGGAUUCUGUAAAUAAUCCAAUUCUAUACGAUAUUGUAACAAAAAAUAUGCUUCACGGUCCUUGUGGAGAUUGGUGUCUUAUUAACGGGGUUUGUUCAAAAAAAUUUCCUAAGAAUUUUCGAAAUGAAACAAACAUGGAUGAAAAUGGAUAUCCACACUAUCGCCGUGAAGAUAAAGGAAUAACAAUUACACGAAACAAUCAUGUAUUUGAUAAUCGACACGUAGUACCGUACAAUCCAACCUUAUUACAAACUUUCAAUUGUCAUAUUAAUGUAGAAAUUGUAUCCUCAGUCAGAGCAGUUAAAUAUUUAUAUAAGUAUGUUUUCAAAGGUCAUGAUAAAGCAGCAAUAACGAUAAAUGGUACUUUACCAAAUACUACAGGAGAAACAAACGUGAACGAUCAUCAUCCUUCUCGCAAUGGAAAUGAUAGUAAUAUAAAUGACCAUAACGAAAUUCGUAAUUUCGUAGAUGCUCGCUAUGUUGGUCCUGUAGAAGCUGUUUGGCGAAUUGUAUCAAAAAAUUUACAAGAUAAAAGUCAUUCAAUAACCCGCUUACCGGUACACUUACCUAAUCAACAUAGUAUUACCAUUAAUGAUGAUUGUGACGAUAUUGAACUUCAAGAAGCAUUACAAAAACAAUCAAUGUUAAUAGACUACUUCAAAUUGAAUGUACAUGAUCCUAAUGCUUGGCAGUACACUUAUAGUGACAUACCACUUCAUUAUGUUUUUAAAAAAGAUAAUAAUUCAAAAAUUUCAUGUUGGCAACCCCGCAAGAGACAAUUCAACGUUAUAGGACUAAUGUAUUCAAUAAGCCCUACUCAAAUUGAAUUAUUUCAUCUUAGACUACUGUUAAUUCACAUUAAAGGUGCCACAAGUUUUGAGAAUCUUAGAACAGUAAAUGGAGUCAUUUAUGAUACUUUUACAACUGCCUGUCUAGCAGCCGGACUCAUUGAAGAUGAUCAAGAAUGGCGAAGAACUUUAUUGGAAGCAGUUAUAUGGAUGAUGCCGCGACAAUUACGUUGUUUAUUUGUACGUAUAUUAAUUCACUGUCAACCACUUCAACCAAAUGAAUUAUGGAAUGAGUUCAAAGAAGCUAUGUCAGAAGAUUAUAGUAGAAAUUUAGGAAUAGAAAAAGGAGAAAAAAAAGCCUACAUAUACAUCAAUUCAAUGCUUAAUCGUGAAGGGUACAGCCUUUCAGCAUUUCCCGACAUGCCACAAAUUAACGAAAUCGAUAUAGAAAUAAUUAACCAAGAACUAUUACAAAAUCAUUCCCAAGGUAGUUCACAAUCUUAUUACAAUCAACUUAAUAUUCAACAAAAAGAAGUAGUCGAUCAUGUAAUGACAUUAAUUAACGAUGAAUCAUUAAAUACAUAUCCAAAUUGUAUUUACAUUGACGGCCCUGGUGGUUCUGGAAAAACUUUUAUUUAUAAAACAUUAUGUCACAUACUCAAAGACCAAAAUAAAAAUGUUUGUACUAUGGCAUAUACAGGAAUUGCAGCAACGCUCUUACCUAAUGGAAAAACUGUACAUAAAACGUUUGGUUUACCUGUACCAAUGUUCUCAGAUUCAUCUUCACAUAUAAAACCGAAUUCUAAACAAGGACAAUAUUUAAAAGAAACAAACGUUUUUAUUUGGGAUGAAGCACCAAUGGCGCCCAGAUACGCAUUAGAAAUAAUAGACCGAACUUUACAACAUAUUAUGAAUAAUAACAUUCCUUUUGGUGGCAAACUAAUGAUUUUAGGAGGUGAUUUUCGACAAUUACUUCCAGUUCAGCCUAAUGCAACUAGAAGUGAAAUAAUUAAUCUUUCUAUAAAAUUUAGUUUUUUAUGGAAGCAUUUCCGUAUAUUUUCAUUAACUCAAAAUAUGCGAGCAUUACCGGAAGAGAUUGAGUUUGUAAAGUUUUUGUUAAAUAUUGGUGAUGGAUCUUUAAAUGACGCAAAUGAUGAAAUAAAUCUACCUGACACGUGUUAUACAUCAAAUGAUGAAAAUAUUGUAGAAAAUAUAUACGGUAGAAUAAUCAGAGGUAAACGCUAUGAUGAACUUUCUACAGUAGUUAUUUUAUCGGCCAGAAAUAUAGACGUCGAUGUGAUUAAUAAAAAAGUAAUUGAACUUUUAGAUAUAUCAACAGAAAAAAUAUAUUCAGCUAUUGACAGUACUGAAAAUUGUGACGUCGGAAACAUGGAUGAUGCUAUUUUACCUGAAUAUUUAAAUACUUUAAAUCCCCCUAAUUUUCCGCCAUAUGAGCUUCAAUUACGUAAGUACUCAAUAGUGAUGUUAAUCAGAAAUUUAAAUUUAAGUGAAGGUCUUUGUAACGGAACAAGAUUAAUUAUUUUAGAGUUAGGAAACAAUAUUUUGAAGUGCAAAAUUUUAUCAGGUGACAAAUUUGGAGAUAUUGUAUUUAUUAAUAGAGUAACAUAA